AUGGCCAAGCCUGAGGUAGGUGGGGACACGCUCAUCGACAGACUAAGAGCCGUUGUCGACCUGAUUCCCCAACCUCAAGUGCACAGGGAGACGCUCCUGUGGCCUAGCGGCAGCCGAGAUCUGGACUACCUCCACCGGCUGCUCUUCGAUGGCUCGGGUGCUAGGGUGGGAGCUGGGCCCCACCGUAUCUGCGAAGGCCCUUCGAGCCAGGGAGCCCCAGCGGACGAUGUCGAGUCAAAUGUGGAAGCUUUGAGGAUAAAACCUGUUGCUGAAGGUGAGACAGCAGUGUCCAGUGUGCAGGUUGUGUCCCAGGUGCUCUCCCAGAAUAGCUCAAACCUUUUCCUAAAGAGUGUUUGCAUCAAACCAGUGCCAUCCUCCAAAUCAUCAUCAUCAAAUGAAAGCGAGCUUCGGGAGCAACUAGCAGCUGAAGCUACGGCUGCUGUACAAGGUGAAAUCGAUGAACUCAGGAAGAGAAGUGAAGAAGCUGAGAAAAAACUGGCGAGGACACAAAAGGAGAUGGAGGAGUACAAGAAGCUGAUAGAGAUAAGCAACAAGGCAAUGGAGGAGAACAAUGCGCUGCUCAAGCGUAUCUUGGCCAUCAACAAUGCUUCUUCGACAUGA